AUGGCUCGGCAAAUCCUAUUUGGGAACCAACUCCAUACGCUCGAGACGGCCGCUGAGUCGGAAAGGAAUCUCCUUCUCCUGUACACCCACCAAGAUGCCGCAGAAAAAUUUAAGCUCGAACUUUGGCAUCAGAGGCAAGCUAUUGUGAACUUGAUCCGGCAUCAUCUUGGUUUGCCUGAGAGUGCUAUUUGCACAGUUCUACCGCGCGAAUCUUGGUUACAAGGGGGGUUCAACAUCUGCGUUCUCGUUGAUGUGAAAAGAGCCGACUCAAGCAGAAAGCUAAUUUUCCGCUGCCCCAUGCCCCAUAAGUUCGCUGAGUCCUAUCAUCCUGGCUCGAUCGAUGAGAAGGUCAGCUGCGAGGUGGCGACAUACGUAUGGAUGUACGAGCAUUGCCCUGAUGUUCGUAUUCCAAAUCUCUUUGCAUUUGGCUUUACAGACAGUACUAGUUUUGUACACAUCCGGCACGCCUCAGUCUACACCAAACUCUGUCGUAAGGCCUGGAAAUGGAUUUAUAGGCACCUUCAUCUUCCACUACUAUCAGACUACAGGCAAGCCUCGGCCGCUCCAACCGUGAAUACCGCGUACUUACUGUUGGAACAUAUUGGCCCUGAGACAGGCGAAAUGCUCUCACUCACAUGGCCCAAUUACUUAUCUGAUAUCGAACGGCGAAAGAACUUAUUCAGAGGAUUGGCUCGCAUUAUGAUUUCGCUUGCGCGUGUCCCUCUACCUCAUAUCGGGUCCUUUAAAUUCAACCCCAGGAGUUGCACAGUCUCAUUAUCGAAUCGGCCCCUUACUUGUGCUAUGGCUAUCUUCGAGCAAAGUGGAACACCUAGGGUAAUCCCGCCCGAGCGAUGCUAUCAGAACACAGACAGCUUCGCGUCUGACAUGCUGACUCUGCAUGAUAACUAUCUGCUUCAUGAUUCACAUGCCGUGAGAGACGAGGAUGAUGCCCAAGAAAGAAUGGCCCUUCGAGCACUACUUCGGACAGUCACGCACUUUUUCGUCUUGCCCGAGCGACGCGGUGGUCCUUACCUCUUGCAGCCCACCGACUUUCAUCAGAGCAACAUAUUUGUGGAUGACGAAUGGAACAUUACCUGCCUGAUCGAUCUGGAGUGGUUUUGCUCACUUCCCGUGGAAAUGUUGUCUGUCCCUUAUUGGCUUACGGGUUGCAGCAUAGAUCAAAUCAUUCGUGAACAGUAUGAGUCUUUCGAUAAGGUGCGGAGGGAGUUUCUCGCAAGUAUGGAUGAGGAACUACAGAAGGUAACAAUGAAACAUGACAUUCAGAUAACUGAGGUAAUAAGAGACAUGUGGGAUUCAAAGGGAGUGUGGUAUUGGGCCUGUAUAAGAUCUCUGAACGGUUGGCUAUUUAUUGUUGAGGAUCACAUUAUUCCCAAGUUUUCUGCUGUUCAAGGCUUGAUCAAGGAUCUCAAACAGGUGUCCUUGUUCUGGCAGGAAAAUUCCAGCCAUCAUAUAAAAGCUAAAGUCGCCGACGAGAAAAGAUACCAGGACGAACUUCAGUCUUUGUUUGAGUAUCACAAACGCUAA